AGGAAGUAAAAUACCUAAAAUGCUUUGUGAGGAUACCUAAAUUUGAGAUUCGCCAUUGUAUAUAAUAAAAAUAUACACACUCCAUCAUAUAUAAUUUGGUUGUAUAAAUAGGUGUAGAACAACACAGAAAGUUAUGUUCAAUUUUGGUCAGUCUCCUAAUAACUUAACAAUUGAAAAGCUCUGCUUCAAAUAGUCAGAAAAUGGUGGAUCUUCAAGGCUACUUGAUGCUAUUCCUUAUUUGGCUAUUUUCUAGCUUAUUUCUUAAAUAUGUGGUGUUUCGUAAACGAACCACGUGUCAUCUCCCACCAAGCCCAUUUGGUUUACCGAUCAUCGGUCACUUACACCUCCUAUCUCCAAUUCCUCACCAGGCACUUCACAGGCUCUCGAACCGCUAUGGGCCUUUGAUCCACAUAAAUCUUGGAUCUGUCCCUUGUCUAGUAGUUUCAUCACCCGAAAUGGCCAAACAAGUACUCAAAACUCAUGAAACUUCAUUUCUAAAUCGACCUCAAACAGCAGUGGUUGAUUACUUAACUUACGGUUCACAAGACUUUUCCUUUGCACCUUACGGUCUUUACUGGAAGUUCAUGAAGAAAAUAUGCAUGUCCGAACUCCUUGGUGCUCGAACAUUGGACAUGCUUCUUCCUGUAAGACGUGAUGAAAUAAAAUGUUUUAUUGAAUUACUCUUACAAAAGGCGGAAUCUGGUGAAGCAGUAGAUAUUGAAGCUGAGCUUCUAAGGGUUUCGAAUAAUGUUAUUUCAAGAAUGAUAAUGAGUGAAAGGUGUUCAGAGGACAAGCAUGAAGCCGGGAGUAUUAGGAAGUUGGUUCAAGAGAUCGCGGAACUCGCUGGGAAAUUCAAUCUGUCCGAUUAUAUUUGGUUCUGUAAGAAUUUGGAUUUGCUAGGGUUUGGAAAAAGGACAAAGGAUGUUCGUAAAAGGUUCGAUAAGAUGAUGGAGAGGAUCAUAAAUGAGCACGAAGAAGCAAGGAGGAAGAGAAAUCGUCAAAGUAAGGAUGAAGGUGAAACUGUAGCGAUCAGAGAUCUGCUUGAUAUUCUACUUGAUAUAUCAGAGGAUGAAUGUUCAGAGAUGAGAUUGACAAGAGAGAACAUCAAGGCUUUUAUCCUGGACAUAUUUGCUGCUGGCACAGAUACCGCGGCGAUCACAGUAGAGUGGGCUUUAGCAGAGCUCAUCAAUCAUCCUAACAUUAUGCAGAAAGCAGUCCAUGAAAUUGAUUUGGUCAUCGGUAAGAAUCGAAUUGUGGAAGAAUCAGAUAUCUUAAACCUCCCAUACCUCCAAGCCAUCGUUAAAGAAACUCUCAGACUACACCCUACCGGGCCUAUGAUCUUAAGAGAAUCAACAGAAGAUUGUUGCAUUGAAGGUUAUCACAUACCGAAAAAUACUAGGUUACUAGUCAAUACGUGGGCGAUUAAUAGGGAUCCCGAGUAUUGGAAAAAUCCUCUUGAAUUUAUACCAGAAAGAUUUUUGACAGAAGAUGAGGGGAGUCCAAAAUGCCAAUUGGAUGUGAGAGGACAACACUAUCAUUUUUUGCCAUUUGGAACGGGGCGAAGAGGUUGCCCCGGAACAUCAUUAGCAUUACAAAUAGUUCAAAUAAUCCUUGCUUCCAUGAUGCAGUGCUUCGAAUGGAAGGUUAGUGGUGGAUUGAUAGAUAAAGUGGAUAUGGAAGAGGCACCUGGCAUUACCCUUUCUAGAGCUAAUCCUUUGGUUUGUAUUCCAGUGACUAAGUUGAAUCCAUUUACAUCGAAAAUAUCAUAUGCUUAGAUCUAUUA